AUGCUUCAGCUGAGGCAUACAAAGACACAGACAGGAGACACACAGACAAAAACAGGAGACAAAGACAGCACAGACAGGAGACACAUAGACAAAGACAAGAGACAAAGACAGACACAGGAGACACAGGAGACACACAGACACACUGAGACAGGAGACACACAGGCAGACAGACAGGAGAAACACAGGCAGACAGACAGGAGACACACAGAUAGACACAGAAAGGAAAUACACAGACACACAGACAGGAGACACGCAGACACACAGACAGGAGACACGCAGACACACACAGACAGGAGACACACAGACACACAGACAGGAGACACGCAGACACACAGACAGGAGACACACAGACACACAGACAGGAGACACACAGACACAUGGAGACAGGAGACACACAGGCAGACAGAGACAGGAGACACACAGAUAGACACAGAAAGGAAACAUUAG